AUGUUCUCCCAAAUUCCACAACAAUCAGGUUCUUUGAAACGCGCAGCUCAAGAAGACUGCUUCAAUCCAAAUGCCAAACAAAUCCGAUUAUCGAAAGAAGAAUCGGACAAUAUUUUUGCGAUGGCAAUGGGUGGAAAUUCAAAAUCCACUGGGACUUUGAAGAAAUUGGAUUAUUCGAAAUAUAAGGUAAGUUUUAAAAAAGAAAUUCUAUUUUUUUGAAUUUUCCUAAAGAAAAAUAUAUAAUUUUUCCAUUUCAGAUCUCCAAAAAGACAACCUCACCACCUUCAACAACAACUAGAAGUCCGGUUUCCGAUUCUUCACCGUCAACAAGUUCUGGCUCCUCUUCAGUUAGCCCAACUUCAAUUCAAAAUGUGAAAGUUGAUGAAAAUAUGGUGACAAGAAGAAAUGAACGACAAAAAGUGUUUGCUGGACGAAGAAAACAAGAAGUUUUGGCUGAAAAUUCGAGCAGAAUCAAUAUUCGAGAUGGAAUUAUCACUUCUUCUUCUACUUCAAUCAAUUCAUAUGAAUCAUUGAAACCUGAACUUAUCAAAUUAAAUUUGGAUGAUUUGCGAAAAGUUCUCUACAAAAAUCCACAUUUGGCCAAAGAAUCGGAUGAAUUAUUUUUGAAUUUUAUCAAGAAGGAGUUCCCGAAAAAAGCGAAUCUGGAAAAUAAGAAGGAUUUGACGUGGAGACAAUUAUUGGAGAAGCUUUCGAUUCGUAAAAAGCAAAAGGAAAAUGAGAAAUUGGAAAAGUUGACUAAGAGAAUUGCCAAAACUCAUCAACAAAAUGAUAAAGAGCAAAGGAAGACUGUAAGUUUCUUUAGUUUUUAAAUUCAAAAAUAAAUUACCUUUUUGUAGAUUGUCAUCGGAUUUUCUGAAGCAAAACCUCGACGUGGUCCAACAAAAACUAUCCAAGUAGCUCCAAAAGUUGUUGAAACUCAAAAAUCGGAUGUUGAGCCUCGCAAAUCUGCCAAACCUCAACCCAAACCAGCUCCAACUUCAGUUCCAAUUGCCCUAGUUGCUCCACCUUCCCGCCAAACUUUAAAUUCUAAAAAACCCGCCAAAAAAGCUCCACUUAUGGCGAAAGUGCUCAGAAUGCUCAAAAGAUAA